AUGCUGUCCAGACCUUCAGCAUCGAGCGCCAGCUGUCCUCAUGCUAGGCAGUUACUGCGCUCCCGGGCUUAUCGCAAUGCCGGUUCGCGACAGGUCCAUGGAGUUACGGGCGGCUUAGCGACGCAACAGAAACGAAACGCAACCCAGCGACGCCCCUAUUCGGUCGCUUCCCAACCCUCAUCAUGCAAAUUCUAUUUUUCCAAGCCCACCGUACCGCAAUGGGCCCCUGGACAGAGAGCCAUGUCCACCGCAGCGCCCUCCGCCGAAACGCCACAGCCCAGUGAAACGCACCACAUCAACGCUCUGAUCGAACGCAUCAAUGCGAAUGAAGACGAAAUGGCUCAAUUAAUGAAUGAUUUGGAUAUGAUGGGCGACCCCGAAGACAUGGAAGGCAUACGUGAAUUCGUUGAGUUCCUCAGCGAGCGAGACCAGCACAGCCCAGAAUCGUGGGUACACCUCGUUCGGCAACAGUUCGGGGACACCAUCCCAGAGGGAGUCCUGGACGAAUCGGAGAUGAAACUCUACACAUCGCUCUAUGGCGAACCUAUCGUCCAAGAGAUAUUCGAAGAGUCCAUUGCGGAGGAUGACGAGCAGGAUUCCGAUCAAUUAUACCGCGAAGACAGAGAUGCGAACUGGGAAGAAAUCAAGUACGAAGAAGAAGUGAAGGCCGAGGAUGAUGUUCCCGUUGUGUACGAUAUGGAGGUUGGCCCCGAGGAGGAGGAGACAAUCGCCAUGCGCCGAACCCGUGAAGUGGCCGAGCAGCUAGGCGGAGAGGUUAUGCUGGAGCAGUUUGAGAACGAGGCUGUGCCCGAUUCUGCUCCGCGAUCCCACCCCUUGACGACAGAGGGAAAGUUUCAGACGGACCCUAGCACGAUUCAUCUGCCGAAGAGCACUGUAACCGGUCCCAUCUCGGUCAUUCUGUCCGAGUUCUCCAACAGGCACAUCGCUGAUACCGCACAUCGCCUGUUCGGUGGAGCAGGCUUGCCUCAUUCCACUACAACUGCUCCUCCGCGUGCCCAGCUGCCACAGCUGCCAAUUCCUCUGACUGCAUCCCAACACUUCAUGGGAGAAAUGGAGGCCAAUGCUUUCCUGGCGGCCUUGUAUCCUGGAAUCUACGCUUCGACACUCAGCGUCCUGGUCGAAAUUCGGAAGCGAUUGGGAACUGACUGGAUUCGUGAACUCAUCUCUCAAGAAGGUGGCCCCAACGUUCUUGAUGCCAGUGGCGGUGGUGCUGGUAUUCUGGCCUGGAGAGAUAUUGUCCGCGCAGAAUGGGAGACCAUGGUCCCCGAUCACCCCGAUGGAGCGCCUAUCCCCUAUGGCCGAUCCACCGUUUUGACAGGCUCGGAUACGCUACGUCUGCGUGCGAGUGCAAUGCUCGAUAAUACUACCUUCCUCCCCCGUUUACCAGACUACCUUCAUGUGCGCGAGGGACCAACCUUACAUGAUACCCGGGCGGCUCCUAAGCGCAAGCAAUUCGAUGUGAUCAUUGCACCGCACUCACUCCUUAAUAUCGAGGAAGAUUAUGAGCGCAAGGCCUAUGUCGAGAACCUCUGGGCACUUCUCAACCCCAACGGCGGCAUCCUCAUUUUGCUCGAGAAGGGUCGUCAAAAGGGCUUUGAGGCGAUUGCCGGUGCCCGUGAGAUGCUUCUCAAGCGCCAUAUCGCAAGCCCCGAUUCUACGGAGUAUGCUACUGCCCUGGAAUCCCCCGUGGAGAGUGAGACUGUGGCCAAGGAGCCCGGUAUGAUCAUCGCCCCCUGCACCAACCACUCGACGUGCCCCAUGCACAACACCUCAGGGCCGACGAAGGGCCGCAAGGAUUAUUGCCAUUUCGAACAACGGUACAUCCGGCCGGCAUUCCUGCAGCGCAUCAUGGGUGCCAAGGAUCGCAACCACGAAGAUAUCAAGUUUAGCUAUGUCGCCGUGCAGCGAGGCGUAGAUAUGCGGCAGAAGCGCGGCAUUCGCCAGGAUGCCGAAGCGACCGACGCCGCUUUCGAAGGCUUUGAGCACCAAGACGAAUCAUCUCGAGAAUUCCAGCCUCUCGCCCUCCCUCGCGCAGUCUACCCGCCUCUCAAACGCCGCGGUCAUGUCAUCUUCGAUCUUUGCACACCGGCCGGCAAGAUCGAGCGCUGGACGGUCCCACGCUCCUUCAGCCGUCAGGCCUACCGUGACGCCCGCAAGUCCCACUGGGGUGACCUCUGGGCUCUCGGAGCGAAGACGCGCAUUCCGCGCAAGCUGAACCUCGGCGACAAGCACGGCGAGGGCAAAAAAGAGCGACUCGCUCGGCGGGCGGCGGACAAGGCUGCCAUGCGCGAAGUUGACGAGGAGGGUGACAUCGAUGAGCAUGCCCGAGAUGAGGAAGAAGACGAUGAGGAGGAGUUGGCAGACGGAAAACGUAACCGUUCCGCGCUCCCGGAGAUUCCUAUGCGGAAGAAGGGCCAGAACAUCCCGAGUUGGAAGAAGCAUGCGGAUAAGAAGAAGAUUCGACAAGCUAUGAGAAAGCGUUCUGCGGAAGAUCUUUAA